AUGGCCCUCAACGGCAGCUACCGCUGGAGCAGUCAAACCUCGUACAAGAUGUACUGGUCACUGGCCAACGAUCUCUCUGCGAUUGCGUCCAACACCAGUGGUAUCGGCGGUCUCAGUCUCUUGCGAACGAGUCCUCGGUUCGCCUUUGCCAACACGUCGCUGCAAGCCGUCUUUACGACAAACUUGACGUUGAUGUCGCCACUGGCCAACGGAUUCGCCCUUGUCGCAGCGACGCUUGGCCCGUUUGGUGUCACUGACAUGGUGUAUGUACGCGUUCCAGCAGCCGUUAGCAGCGUCUUUCGCGACAUAAUUCAAAUGACACGCCUCGCUAUGGCCCCGUCAGUCCACGCUCAAGCCGCCUACAACCAGAUCACACCACUCGGCACGUCGUACCCGAUUCCGAAAAAGUGGCUCACACCCAACUACGGCUCGCUUGGCGGCUCGCCGCUCUGCCAAGAGCUCAUUGCUAGCAAGGUGGUCUCCGGCGGACUCACUUGCAUGCCGUCUUAUGACCUACCGUGUCUGCCAACGUCGCCCGUGCAGAGCAAGGUCCUGCCAACGCGCCAACACUAUAUCGUGUCGGCGAUUCUCUCGGGUCUUGUCGCAUCACCGCCCAGUGACUGCCGCUCCAUCUGCUCAUUUGACCCGGCGUAUCUCGCUCUUUGCCUCGUCUACCUCAACCAAACCAUGUACUUUCUCCAGACGUACAUGCCAGACGCCAACGCAUCGUUUGGCUCUGUCGCGGCGUCAACCAACGCCCUUGUCCACAGUCUCAACAUUGAGUUGAUGAUUUUUGCCAAAGUCAACGCGUCGGCGCCGCUCGGGCUGCUGCACACCAAUAUUCUCGACCCAAGUGAAGUCGGUUUUGGCUUUCUCGCGUGGACGUAUCUGUACGACUGGGUCGUCGGGAAUCGCGAAGUGAUUUCGUUUCAAGGCGACAGUGGGACGCUCACUCUCUUGACGGACCUCCAACUCCCGCUGCUUCAGCAAGCGCAGCCGUGGAUGCUCACGCAAGCGUUUGCCACGUACUUCCAAGCCGCAGUGCUAUUUGUGACGCUAAUUCUGCUUGGUCUUGCGAUUGCGACAACAUUGUACAUGGUUCUGAGCCGCGGGCACUUUGUGGGCUUGAACAUGCUCAAGCUCGAUCGCGUCGGGGGCAUGGUGUGGGUCGGCCGGCCGCUUUUGCUAGUCCGCAGCCUCACGGCCCUCUGCCUCCUCUCGACGGCGCCGCUCACUUUGCACUUUUCGGGCUAUCUAUCAAUGUUUCAACUUCCGACACCGCCGAUCUUGGUGCGGCUCUUGGCGUCGUGGGAGGUCACGUGGCUGGCGGUAAUUCUGGACGACGUGGCACUUCCGUAUACGCGCGAGUAUGCGCGGUACCACGGUUUCCUCAACUGCGUCCUCUUGUGGUUGACCGUGGUCGUUGGAGCGCCACCGUUUGCGCCGACUUGUGAUGUAAAUGCUGCCUGCUCUGUGGAUGAAAUGGAUUUUCAAGUCGUUUGCAGAAGCAGCCGCCUCGAAGUCGGGCGUCUCGACCGCCUCUUGACGCUUUUGCUCUUGGUGCUUGUGUGCCAUGUGGUGUCACUGGCGUUGACGCGCUUUCUCCUCGGCACGCUGCCGACAUGUUGUGUCGACUCGGCCCAUUUCAGUGCCGGCGCCAAGUACUAUUUCAGCCACCACGGCCAGAUACGAGGUUCCCUCUACGACAUCGACCGUGCGUCUGCCGUCCUCAACGGGUUGCUCACGGUGCAGAUCGGAACGACCUUCUUUGCGCUCGACGUCAAGCUAUGGCGCGUCGCAUCAACGCCGAUUCGGACCAACGUCACACGCGGCUACCCCCUCCGCACUGUUGAAAAUACCAUAGAAUAUACGUAA